AAGGAAGAAGAAAAGGAUUGGAAAAGUGAGAAAAGAGGGAGAGAAGCACAGAAAAGAGGAACAAAAUAAGGGGUAUAACAGACUGAGGAGGAAAACCAAAAAGAUGGGGAUCUGUGGGGCUGCCAUCAUGCUAGCCCACAGGAUCCACCACCACCGUGCCUGUCAUAUUGUGCUACUCUGUUAAGCCCAGAACGCCUGUGGGUUCCCUCUGUGCCCAAAGAACAAGAUGGUGGCAGUUAUGGGAAAAUAGGCCACGUUUUCUGUUUUGUAUCCAGAUUGUAUUUAAGUGACCACUUCCUUCAAAAGGUAUAAAUGAAAAACUCAAAAACUUAAGUGUACCUAGCAUGGGAAUUGUCAUAAAGUUAGGUAUUUACUGUUUCCUACCUUUAUAUUUUUCAACUUUGGCAUUUGUCCAUGUUGACUUAGGUUGUGCAAUGAUGUUUUAAAUAAUUUGCAUGUUAAAAAAAAACACUUUAGUUGGGGUGAGCAUCCUAUAGUUCUAUUAGCUAACAUUCAUUGUGCUUUUUAAUUCUGUAAGACGAGAAUUUUAGCUUGCCCAUCUGCAACAUUUUACAAAAAAGAUGUCCUUAGGAGCAAAUUGGUAGUGACUGCACCUUGUUUUAGCUUUUGCUGGCUUCUAUCAUUGCUUUCUCUAUAAUUUGAGCUACUCCAAAGGUGGUUAUCAGGGUUUUUGUUUUUUUAAAUUACGUUUUAAAUACUUAAUGAAAGAUAUCCAUAGCAAAGCAGAGCCAAGAUUAAAACAUUGAUUAUAAUUGUUACCUGGUUCUUACAGCCACAAGGUCUUUAAUUUCCCAGGAGUAAUUCAUUAUCUGGCAGGUUACUGCCCCCCCCCCCCCCGUUUUUGACUAUUUUAAUACUAUUCUAUUGGAAAACUGGAUGGUUAGUGAAGGAAGAGUGGUUAGUAUGUUUUAGAGCAAGGGGAAUUACAGGUGUUGAUAAUCCUAAUGGUAUCACAUACUCAGGGUAAUCAGUUAAAUAGGAAUAUUUUAGGUGUGCAUUCUAAUUCCCUUAAUUGGAUGUAUUAAGUUUUGUCAAAAGGAAAUCAAGGUUUGUUUUUUGUAGAGACAAGGACUCACUAUGUUGCCCAGGUUGGUCUUGAACUCCAGGGCUCAAGUGAUCAUCUCACCUCAGCUUCCCAAAGUGCUGGGAUUAGGAGCAGGGCUUUUUAAAAAGUUAAGUGAAAUAAUGAAAGCAAGGCAUUUAGCAUUGUCUUUGGCAUUUGCAUUAAGUGCUCAGUUAACUAUGCUAUGAAACCAGUUAUGACCCCGAAAAAUGAGGGAAUUGGGCAGUUGAUUGGUGUUUUUCCAGUAUCAACAAUGAGGUUUAUAUAAAUUGAUAUCAAGAACAACAAAGGUAGAAGGAGAAGCAUUUUUUGGGCUCUUGGUAUGUCAUAAUUGGUCACAAUUUCUCUCGAAAUCUUUACAAAAGUCACAAAGUCUUGGCAUCUUGAUUUUACAGGAAACAAGUGUAUAACCAUUAUAUAAUUUAACUGGUCAUAAUGAGCUGGGUUCAAAUUUCAGUUCCAAUGCUUCUACAACAUAAUCAUAUUUGAGCCCGAGACUGUGAUAUCAGCUUCAAUGUCUUUGUUUUUCCUUUUUCUUUUUGAGACGAGUCUUGGCACUGUUGCUUGGGCUGGAGUGCAGUGGCGUGAUCUUGAAUCACUGCAACCUCUGUCUCCUGGUUUCAAGCAAUUCUGCCUCAGCCUCCCACGUAGCUGGGAUUAAAGGUAGUGGGUUUAAUUACCCACGCUGGGUUAAUUUUUUUGUAUUUUUAGUGGAGUUGGGGUUUCACGAUGUUGGCCAGGCUUGUCUCGAACUCCUGACCUUGUGAUCUGCCCACCUCGGCCUCCCAAAGUGCUGGGAUUACAGGUGUGAGUCACCGUGCCUGGCCCCACCUUCAAGUCUUAACCAAACUAUUAGUGUUAUAUUAGGAUUGUGGUAAUUGUACCAACCAUGAUACCGUCUGUGGCUUGUUUGCUCUCAGAUGACUCUCCCAAUAAACCAUCACUAUUGCAGUUAAAUAUCACCCUUGGUGUAAGAUAUUUUCCUAAAAUUUUUAGAAGACAGUAACAAUUUUAAAAUCUGAUAUAUAACAGAGGCACUGUUGAGCUCUGUUAGAGAUUUGUAUUCUCACAAGAAAUGCUUCUGCCCCUCUUUGAAAAACCUUAUGAUAAUCAGGAAAUAAAUCUUAGUGAUACUAUAUAAGACAAUGUUUUCUUAAAAGAACAUUUGUUUAUCCUACAUGCUUAAUCUGCUUUAUGGAUAGUCCUUGAAGUCAUUGACCCAUGUUUCUAUUUUUGAGAUACUUAAACUAUUUUCUCAUCUAGAUGUUCCCAUCUCUAAUGUCACACCUUGUAUGGGUUUCUGGACUUCUCUGUACUUUUCAUAUUCUUUUAGUCUCUAGGGUAUCAGUCCCUAGUCUGCUGAGCCAGUUUUACAGGCUCAGCCAAAAUAAGAAAAUGAAAUGAGGCACAGGGAACAGACUUGAUUAAUCUCUUAACAUUUGUGAGAACUUUGGUAUUUACUUGCCUCUUCACUUUCUAAUUUCAGUUGUUCAUUUUAAACCCAGUACCUGGGUUUUUUUUUUGUUGUUGUUGUUGUUUUUUAAGGCUAUGUGAAAUGAAUUUAGAAUCCCAGUAUUUUAAGGAACUAGAUGAAGUCCUUUAGUCACUUGCUCCUCAAAAAGUAACUCAGAAUCACCUAGGAACUUGUUGGAAACGCAGAAUCUUAGGCUCUGCCUCAGAAUUGGAAUCAAUCUGCUUUUUAACAAGAUCAUCAGAUGUUUUGUAUGCAUUUUAAUUUUUGUAAAGCACUGCUGUAAUCUUCUCUGGUUUACUUAGAGGGGAAAACCAGUCAGUGGUUUAUUCAACAAAUAUUUUAGUCCUUGUGUUCGAAUGGCUCAAUUAAAAAACAACCUUGUGUUUUGGGUAUGUUUAAAAUUAGAGAAACAAUUUGUCAUAAUGUGAAUCUUCCAGCAGUGAUAGGCACAGGGUCCUUUGGGACUUGGUGGAUUAGGAUUAGAGGUCUACUCAGAGGAGUUGACCCUUGAGAUUUUCCAGGUGGUCAAAGAAAGGAAUAGCAUUUCAUGCAGAAGGGCUAACAUAUGUGGAGACAGAUAGAAUUGCAAGCAUGAUACAGCAGAGCAUGCCAUUUUCAUAACGGAGAGAAGUGGCCGGGCGCCGUGGCUCACACCUGUAAUCCCAAUACCUUGGGAGGCCGAGGCAGGAGGAUCAUGAGGUCAGGAGUUUGAGACCAGCCUGGCCAAUAUGGUGAAACCCCCAUCUCUACUAAAAAUACAAAAUUAGCUAGGCGUGGUGGUGCACACCUGUAGUCGCAACUACUCCGGAAGCUGAGGCAGAAGAAUUGCUUGAACCUGGGAGGUGGAGGUUGCAGUGAGCUAAGAUUGUGCCACUGCACUCCAGAAGUGAGAGAUUGGAUUGUAAAUGUUGCUUUUUUUGUUCAGCUCACACUGACUGCAUUGUGCCAGAUAUGGUUCUGAAUUUCAAGUUAAUCUUUAUAACCUAUGUAGGUGGGUACCAAUUUUAUUAUCCCCUUCUAUAUAGAUGAGGAAAGAAGCAGAGUAAGUCAGCAUAUGCAACCAGCGUCCAAGUCCUGGUAGUCAGGGAGGAGAGUGAUUCAAGAAUGGGGGAAUAAUCAAUGCAGCAAUGAAAAUUGAAGGCCAAGUUUGAUAAGAGCUGAAAAUCCCCAUUGGAUUUGGCAGUUGGAUCACUGGUGAGUUUAAGUGCAAUUUUAAUUGAAAGCUGUGUGCAGGCCAGAUUAAGAAGGUUUUAGGAAAGUAUAUGGGAAGUGAGAAAAGAAUUGAGUUCAUAUCACUCUUGAAAGUUAGUAAAGGGAAGCAGAAGCUUCAUGGUGUAGGGCAGUGGAGCUGUAGAGUCAGGUUUGGAUUUUAAUUCUCACAAUGCCACUUGUGUGUGAUGCUGAGUGAACUGUGCUAAACAUCCAAGGAAACCUUGUUUCGUCAUCCAGAAAAUGGGACUAAUACCUACUUUGUAGAGUUGGUGUGAAGAUUAAAUGAGACUAAUGUGUGUGAAGUCCCUGGAAUACAGUAGAUACUGUAUAAAAUGAAAUUAAGGUAGUGGAGGGUUUGUUUUUAAAGGUUUGUUUAAAGGUUGAGAAGAAGCUACAGCCUAGAGAGGCUGACAGUAAAAAGGGUCUACACUGAGAAGAAUGGGGUGGUCUGUGAUUUCACAGCUAGUGAAACCUGCUGUGAGUGGUUCUCACUCCACUCUGCAAGUCAGAGGCAAGAGAAGUCAGCCCCAGUAUUUCUAUUUGGAGGAGCUUAGAAACAAUCUUAGAAAGUGGGUGCUAAGGCAGAUUGCUCACUAGAGACAAACGUGGCGCUCCAGAGCCCGCGGGCCACACGCGCCUCCUAGCAACCGGACGCCAGGCUCAGCCUAGGGAGAGAGGAGGCCAACCAUGGAUCAGUCAGCCAUCGCCAUUGCCUCCCCCACGAUAAGAGAAGACCUGGUGGGUGGUAGUGCCUCGAAACCAGAUCGAAAGACUUCCUCUUUUGAAAGAGAAGGAUGGUGGAGAAUAGCAUUAACAAAUACUCCUAUACCUGGCACUUACCACUUGAAAACUUUUAUUGAAGAAUCCCUAUUAAAUCCAGUGAUAACAACCUACAAUUUUAAAAAUGAAGGAAGGAAAAAGCCACCUCUUGUGCAAAGAAACAAUCCAGUUCUAAAUGAUCUUCCGUACUAUAUGCCUCCUGACUUCCUGGACCUGUUAAAGAAGGAAGUGGCUACUUACUCAUUCAAAGACAAACCACGGCCAAGCCCCAGCACACUAGUUGACAAAGAUCAGUCGCUUCAGCUUUCUCCCGGUCAAUACAGUGUGCUUCCUGCUCCAGUUCCCAAAUAUGCUUCCAGGAGCUGUGCAUUUCGUUCAUCAGUUCAAAGAUUCCCAACAACCUAUUUUAUUCCCUAUGAUCCACUGAAAGUUGUUUGUGCCAAGAUAAAUGGGAGUGGACUAUGUGCUCUUUCUACGUUCCUUUUAGCUUUAUGUAUAAGGUUAAAGAAAAACAGCUUAGAACUAAAUACUGAUACAUUCCAGCAUGGAGAAGCAAGGCCAGUAACUAGCUCUGGCUCCCACAGCUGAAACGCGAAAUCACUGGUUUCUAAGCCUGCUGAGCCUCAUGUUCUCAUCUGUUAAAUAGAGAUAUUAGCACCUCCUGCACCAGGCUGGCAUUAAAAUGAAAUGAAAGUAAGUGUGUGAAUGGGCGCUGUGAAGUAGAGAUGGCGGCAGGGAGGGGCAGCUCUCUGGCUCUCCAGUCUAUGGGGAGCUGUCAGUGGGCAACAGUGAAGCCUGCCUGCUGAACCUGUUUUGGGUCAGGGUAGAGAGGAGCCCUGGAAGACCAGCACCCAAAGGGCUUUAACCUGUUCCUGCAGGUGAGGAUUCCGAAUUAAGGUUUGCAGAAACUGGAAGUACAUGGUGACAUUUAGAUGUUUACAUCUGCCAUCAAUUUGUAAAAACCUUUCUCAUGUUCAUACACAUAUAAAAUGCAAAAAAGUAGUAACUUGACAAAGAUGAAUUUCAGGUUCCUCGGUGCGUGUUUUUUUCUUUUUUAGAGAUGGGGUUUUACUGUGUUGGCCAUGCUGGUCUCAAACUCCUGGGGUCAAGAGAUCUACCUG